UGGUCAGCAUGGCCAGCUGUGCUUUGCUGUUCUGGAGUCUCAUCCUCUUCCUUGUCCCGGUGGAGCUGUCAGUGUUCCUUCCAGCCUCACAAGCCAACAAAGUUCUGGUGAGAUGGAGGCGUGCAGGUUCCUAUCUCCUGGAAGAAAUCUUUGAGGGAAACUUGGAAAAGGAAUGCUAUGAGGAAAUCUGCAUCUUUGAAGAAGCAAGGGAAGUGUUUGAAAAUGAUGCUGUUACGGAUGACUUCUGGAGACAGUACUGGGGUGGCUCCCCAUGCAGCUCCCAGCCCUGCCUCAACAACGGGUCAUGCCAGAACCACAUCCGCAGCUACAGCUGUACCUGUUCCCCCGGCUACGAAGGCAAGAACUGCGCAAUGGCCAAAAAUUCUUGUCACCCAGAAAGGAUGGAUGGGUGCCAGCACUUCUGCCACCCAGGGCAGACAUCGUACAUGUGCAGCUGUGCGAAAGGCCACAAACUGGGCAAGGAUAGCAAGUCAUGCAGUGCAAAUGACAAGUGUGCCUGUGGGACCCUGACAUCCGAACAAAUCACACAAGAAGGAAGCAAGUGGAGUCUACCCAGCUUCCCGUGGCAGGUCAGGUUAACAAAUACCAAAGGAAAGGACUUCUGUGGUGGUGUUCUAAUACAGGAGGAUUUUGUAUUGACAACAGCAAAGUGUUCAUUACUAUACAGAAAUAUUAGUGUGAAAACAUAUGUGGAUGGGAGCAGCAAGGAGCCACCCGCAGUCAUGGUCAGGAGCGCCCACGUGCACAUGCGCUACGACGAGGAGUCGGGGCAAAACGACAUCGCACUACUGGAGCUGCAGCGGCCUGUGCAGUGCCCCAGCACCGGGCUCCCUGUCUGCAUCCCCGACAGGGACUUUGCUGAGCGUGUCCUCAUCCCAGGGACCGAGGGCCUCCUCAGCGGCUGGAUGCUCAACGGCACAGACCUGGGCGCCAAGCCAAUGAAGCUGCAGGUCACUCAUCUGGAUGGGGAGGAGUGUGGGAAGACCCUGAAUGUGACUGUCACAACACGGACAAGCUGUGAGAAGGGCAGGGUGCCCUCUGGGCAGUGGGUCGAGGGAAGUGUAGUCACCAGAAAACACAAGGGAACCUGGUUCCUUACAGGGAUCCUGAGCUUACCACCAACAGCAGGGCAGGCACACACGUUCCUUCUCACUGCAGUCUCAAGAUACUCACUGUGGUUUAAGCAGAUCAUGAAGUAGCUGAGGCUCAGCUAGAGAGUGUGGAAUUCCAGAUCUCAGCAAAACCACGGGGAGAAGCAGAAUUCCUACAAGAAAAAGGUUGGUUGCAAGGCUGUCAGGGUCUACCGCUAUGAGGCACCACUCCUCGGUCACUCCUGCAUGCUCAUGUUGCUUUCUUUGGAACUUUUUAUCU